AUGUCCGUCGGACAAACAGUUUGGGAUGCUUUGGUUCGGUUUUGGCUUCAACCUACUUCCAUCGAUAAAUCUGGUAAGUGCUCUGCUGCGCGGUUGACUGUUGGUCCAGAUGGCAAACCUAUCUCCAUUCCUCACACAGCUGGCCAGACACCUUUCGCGGGAAGACGUUUAGAUAUGGCUGCAAAGAACGGAGGUGUGCUCCCUCCAUUGACUGCUCUUUUUCAGGACACCCAUACAAGGAAAGACGGGACCUUCGUAACCCCGAGAGCCGAGCAAAUCCACAACGACCUCACUGCUAGAGUUUUGGAGGAGCAAACACAACUAUCUCAACAGUUAUCCCCGGGCGGUACUCAACAUCCGGUGGAAUUGGGAACUCCCACGAUCGACCGCAUCUAUGAGCAGGUUGCCCCGAAGAACAAGGGGAAAGUGAUUGGGUUGGGUUCAAUCCGCCAAGUCCCGAUUGCUUCGUCAUUUGCUCCGCGGUAUCGAGGUCCCGAGGAUGAUCCGGUCCAACUGCGAGCCAAGAUCUCAAGACUUGAGGAGACUAUGGAAAUUGAGAACUCAGAGAAUGAUGUUAUUUUUAGCAUCAUUGCUACGCACCACCCCGACAUUGCAGCAGUCAUGUCAAACAAGAGACGACGUCGGGAAGCUGCUACAGCCGGAGUUACGAGUUCAGCAGCCGGAGCAGCAGAGGAAGAGGAGCUUACAGCAGAGCAACAACGAACGGCGGACAUUGCAGCUCAGGCAGCUCGUGAGGCAGGAGACCUCCCGCCUUUUGAAUAA